AAAGAAUUGACCACUUUUAAUUACAUAAAGCAGCAGGCCACAACAGAAUAUGUUGAUAGUUUAAAAGUUAAAAGCUCAAUCCAGGUCUUUAGUAAUACCAUAGGAUCCUAGAUAAACAAUAUGGCUAAAUGGGAUAUUAAAGACAGGAAAAUAAAUGCCCCAGUAAUGCUCAAUACAGAGCAAUUCAUCUUGUUCCUGUAUACUUUUUGAAGGCCUCAAUUUCAAAACAUACUCAAAAUGUGACCCCAAACCUGAGAGAAUAGCAAUUUCAGCAGUUUCAAUGCAUGAGCAAUUGAAAAUUAAAGAGAAAGAACAUGAAGAUCUUAAACAGGAGCUUUCAUCAGUAAUUUUGGAAAAUAAGGAACUAUCCAAAACCAUCUUCAAUAUUUUGGAUGCAAAUCAACAAAAGGCUAAUAUUAUUGAACAUAAUCAUGAAGUGACUGACAAUUUAAAAACCCAAAUACAAAUACUGAUCACUGAAAAGGACUAUGUGUCAAAACUUUGGCAAAAUGCAAUAAAAACUAUUCACAAGCUAGAGGACAACAUUAAACUUUUUGAAGCAGGAUAUGAGAAUUUUGUGCCUAAAAAAGACCAUCUCAAACUCAAGCAAGUCUAUGAGGAACAGAUUACCCAACUAAAGCAACAACUAUUGGAAACCAAAGUUAAACUAGAAGAUAUUUCCAAACAACUUGAUGCCAAAAUAGAAAUAAAACAUUGUGAAAUUGACCAAUCUUUAGAAAACCAAGCGAGUGCUUUAAAGAUAGUAAAAAAUCUUGAAGCUGAAGUGCUGCAGCUGCAAAAAAAGCUGCUAGAAUCUGCAAAUGAAAAACAUAAGUUAGAGAAAUUACUUAGAAAUAAAGAAGAUCUCAUACAAAAUUUAAAAAGUGCCAAUUAUGAUUGUUUAACUAGGGUUACUGAGGCAGUGGGAUUGGUUGAAGCAGCACUUCAAGAAAAGGAUGCAGCAUUAUUUAGAGAAAGGGCAAUGAAGGAAGAAAAUGAGAAACUUGUUCAAGAAAUGACCGAAAUGAUAAAAGAGUGCGAAGUAAAAAUUAAAAAAGAAACUAUUAAAAUAACACAAGAAUAUGAACAAAAACAAAAAUUAUUACUUGAACAAUUAACCCAUGCUCAAAAUGGUAUUCAAGCCAAAAUGUGCGAAAUUGAAGGAAUUAGUAAAAAAUGUAUAUUAUUAGAAAGUGAAAUUGAAAGAAUGCAUAGAGGACACUGUAGCAUAGAAGAAAGAGAUAUCAAUAAAAUGUUAAUUUUGGAAAAAAAUAUGGAGGCAACUUUUCAAAAAUUGCUUCUCUCUGAAAAACAAAAUAUUCAGCUAACAUCAGAUAAGGAGGUUCUAAAAAACGAUUUACAACAAAUGGCUAAUAUAUAUGAAAAAGAUAUAAAAACAAAAGAUGUAGAAACAUCGACUUUAAAAACGAAGAUAAGUAAUUUGGAAUCAGACUUAAAUGUAAGUGAUCGCAAAAUUAUCACAUUAACUGAAAAUCUUUUAAAAAUUAAGGAACAAUUUGCGAAAACUCAACACGAAUUUAAGGAUGAACUGCAGAAAUAUAAAACAUGCCUACAAUUAAAUUGUGAUACGAAAAUUGAAAAGUUAACUACAAAUUAUAACAGUAACAUAAAUCAACUUAAAUCUCAGUUACAAAAGAAAAAUGAAAUUAAUCAAAAGUGGAAGCAAGAGAUUAAAGUGGUUACACAUAGUUUAGAAAAACUGGUCGUAAACCUAAAAAGUGAGUUGACAGUUUUAAAAAAAGAAAAUAAAGGAAUGCAGGAAAAGAUGCAAGAAUAUGAAGAUAAAUUAAGACGAUAUAAAAUUUUUAUAGAAUUAAUAUCCAAAGAUGUGACCAAGAUUAAUCAUUUAGCUUUGAAAACUAACAUUAAUUGAGAAAAUGGAUUUUCAAAUAAUAAAACGGAUAUUAGUAUAUUACGAACAAUUUUUACAUAAAUGAUUGUUAUCUUAUUUUGUUGUUUAUUUUGAGUUCAACCUUUUAA